AUGGUACAAAAGUUCCAAGUCCAUUCACAGAGUGAUAAAGCAGAAACACUACAAACACUUUGUAAUGUGUUUUUGAACUCACAGCUCAGUGAAUCCUCUGAUGAAAUAAAGAGUGAUGCUCACUAUGCUUUGGUGCACUUACUGCUUAUACUAUCAAAUAAACCAACUCAAUAUGACUAUAUUCCACCAAUCCAAAGCUCACAGAUUUCUGUUGAUAAUAGUUUUAACUGGAAAGAGUACCUCUUGGGUGAUGCAGAAGAAGAGGUGAUUGGGAUUCCAACCAAUGCACAAAGUCUAGAGUGGUCAGAUGAUGAUCUGGAUUGCAUGGAAACAGGUUCAACUUCAGAGUGUGACUUGUCUACUGAUAAUGAUAUGGUUUCYCUUGAUACAAAAAGUACUACAAGUACCUCCUUGGCUUCAAAAAUGGAAAAGGGUGGUGUAUGGAUURGUCAGCAUGUUGUAUCUCAGUACUGGUGUGACUAUCCAAUCAAUGUGUUUUUAAAUGACAGUCCAACUACUUGUAAAUUUAAUCAGUGCUCAUUAGCUUUAAAAUGGGAGGRAAAUCAAAGAAAUCAGGACGUAUUUCAACAAUACAAGACCAGCAAGAACCUGACUGAAUCCCAUCUAGUAAAAGAGACAAUUUGGAUGCUUUCAGGCGUUGAGAAAAGUUAUGUCUAUCAAUAUAGCCAUAACUACAUGCAAGUCAACAUUGACAUUCAAGUAUCACAUUUGACCAAAAAUUCUCUUGAAAGUCUCUUAGAAUGUUUUGCCAAACUUGGUACACAAAGCAUUCAAUUACAACAUUUCAAGRCCUGUACACUGGACAAACAAGCAUUGAGUACACCAACCUCUAUGACAAUACAAGCAUUUGCAAACUCUUUGUCAAGGUAUUUCAAGAACUAUAAAGCUUUUCUAUCUGAAAUUGAAAAAGAGAUUAUCAACAAAGAGUCAACAGUCACUUUACUUAAUCUCUAUGACAGACUUGGUGUUAAAAUCAAAGAGAUUGGUACACUUUAUGAUGUCUAUAUGAGAGGUAUAUUGGAACAAAAAGACAAACCUUUACCACAGAGAGUGGCACACCUGUUGGAUACAAUUUACAGUAAUCUAAGAGAGGCUGAUGCACUUGGUGUAUCUCUGCAGUGGAAGGUUUCUGUAUUGCUUACUACUUUCUUGGAAACUCUGCAUCCAUACUUAGAGUUUAUUGAUAGUUGGGUGACAUCAGGGACCUUCCAUGAUCCUGCCAAUGAGUUUUUUAUCCUAUGGGAUGAGUUGAUACCAUUACAGAGUUCUUUAUUCUGGGAGAAGGGAAGCAGUCUCAGAACUGAUGAAACAGAUUCUUUUCUGGUCCCCUGUUUCUUGUCAAAACUUGUAAAACAGAUACUGCUGGCUGGUCAGUCUGUCAAUGUAAUUCAAGGACUUGGAAAGGUUCUGUCAAUUACCAUAUAUACUUUAGUUAAAUCAAAAGCUCCAAAAAUGUAUUUGAUACUACUUGAUUUUAUGAAUUGUUUAAAUACACAGUUCUAUAUUUUAUAUUGA